GACACGGUGAUGUGGACGCGCAUUGACGCGUGCCCGCGCACGUUAGGUUCCAAUAAUUAAAGUGGGGACGACUACGUGCGCGUACUCGUAUUCUUUGUGUAGCAGCAUAGAGAAGCGCCAAAAGAGUAACCAUGGCUGAUGAAAAACCAAAGGAAGCGGUGAAGACAGAAAACAAUGAACACAUAAACCUGAAAGUAGCAGGUCAAGAUGGAUCUGUAGUGCAGUUCAAGAUCAAAAGACACACGCCGCUCAUCAAACUUAUGAAGGCCUACUGUGAGAGACAGGGACUGUCGAUGAGGCAAAUCCGGUUCAGAUUUGAUGGGCAGCCAAUAAAUGAGACAGACACACCAUCACAGUUGGAAAUGGAAGACGAAGAUACAAUUGAUGUGUUUCAGCAACAGACGGGAGGCCUGAUGUAAUCAGCCACGUGCAUCCCAACUUUUCCUUCUCCCUCUGGCCUGUGACACUCAAAGGCCACUUCUUUGCAACUUGUUCUAUCGUCUCAACACAGUUCCAUGCAGAUGUCGGCACUCUGCUACACCUACCUGCUGUAUAGUAUUUUCAUUCUUACCCUCAUUACUUUGUACAUAAACUACAUCCAGCUCACUCUCUGUUCAGGUUUGUUUGAUGCUGUAUUGUUGUUCAUGUUAAGGACGUCCCUCCCCAGUGCAAAGGGCUCGUUCCAAGAUUGUGGGAAACAUGAAUGGUUGUAGGGUGAGAAUUAAUAAAACUGUUUUUACAGAUCAAAUGUUGUCGGACUAAGUUUAGUCCAGCAAAUCUGAUCCUGAAGUGUACGAUUUUGGGAUUCGGUAAACGGUAUACCCAGUGUGGGAAUGUGGAUUGUCGUUUGGUUUCUUUAGUCGGCAGAAAAGUUAUUUGAUUUUAUACAUUUUUAUAUAGUAGUGAAUGUGUAGAAUGUUUCGAUCAAUAGUUUAACUAGGCUGAGCAUCAAAUUUGGGAAGCCUGAAAGGAUGUUUCAGUUAAAUAAACAUCUGUACUGUCUGUUAUGAUGCUUGUUAAAAUAAAGAUAUGUCUUUUUCCAAACUUUCCCAGA